AUGUCAAGCAUUCGAUCUCCCGGGAGUAAGAUGCUCUCGGAAGACCAGUUCACAUGCUCCAUCUGUCUGGAUAUCUUUGUGGAGCCUGUGUCCACGCCAUGCGGACACAGCUUCUGCAAGGCGUGUCUUCAGGGCUACUGGAACCACAGCAAGAAGUUCAGCUGCCCCAUGUGCAAGAAGAACUACUCCAGAAAGCCAGAGAUGAGUGUGAACCGCGUGCUGGCCGAGAUCUCCAGCCAGUUCCAGGGGCUGAUGCUGGCCGACGGGGGAGGCUCGAAGUCAGGCACGCUGAACCAUACGCAGAUGGCAGGGGUCUCCGGGACCUCCUCGCCGGGGGCACAGAUGCUGCAGGACAGCGGGGAGUUCGCAUCGCCAGGGGACAUCCAGUGUGACGCCUGCAUCGGCAGGAAACUCAAAGCUGUGAAGUCCUGCAUCAACUGCCCGGGGUCUUUCUGCGAGGAUCAUCUCCGGCAUCACAGGAAGGUGAAGACGCUGAUGACGCACCGGCUGAUCGAGCCCACCUUCAACCUCGAGGACAAGAUCUGCAAGAAGCACGAGCGCCUCCUGGACCGCUACUGCCGAACGGACCACAUCUGCAUCUGCUCGGCCUGCGCUGAAGCCACACACAAGUCCCACGAGAUUGUCACCACUGACCACGAGUACAAGAAGAAAAUGAGUCAUGUGGGGAAAAAGAGAUCCGAGCUGAAACACCUGAUCAAAGAGCGCACCAAAAAACUGGAUGAAAUCAAACAGGCCAUCAAAGUCAUCAAGGUGAGCGCGCAGAAGGAGCUGGAGGAGAGCUGGGUGGUGUAUGCAGAGCUGCAGCGACUCGUGGAGCAGAGUCAGGCCGAGCUGGUGGAGCUGAUCACCUCCAGACAGAGAGGAGCAGAGCGACACGCACAGGAACUGGCCCGAGGACUGGAGAACGAACUGGGCCAGCUGAAGAGGAGGAGCAGUGAGCUGGAGGCCUUCGCACUCACCCAGGACAAAGUCAUGUUCCUGCAGCAUUUGUCCAGCCUGUCCCCGGUGCCCGAGCCAUUCGAUUGGUCGUCGGUCUCCGUAAACACAGAGCUUUACCUGGGAACCAUCCGAGCCUCGGUCAGCGGGUUCAUGGAUAAGUGCAACGAGGAGCUGAAGAAACUCUACGGGAAAGAGCUACGCAAGCUGCAGAACUAUGCCAGUGAGGUGUUCCUGGACUCCUCCACGGCUCAGAAGAACCUGGUGGUGUCUGAGGACGGCCGGCAGGUGAAGUACGAUGAGCACAAGACGUCCCAAGGCAACAUGUCCAAGCGCUUCAGCCCCGCGCUCUUCGUUCUGGGCCGCGAGGGUCUGGGCUCCGGCCGCCACUACUGGGAGGUGGACGUGUCGCACAAAGACGCCUGGACCCUGGGAGUGGCCAAUGGAUCGGCCAGACGUAAAGGGGACAUCAAGCUGAGCCCAGAGGGGGGGUAUUGGUGCCUGUGGCUGAAGAGCGGAGAAGUGAAAGCCCUGGCAGCCCCGCGUCUACUGCUCAACCUCAGCACACAGCCCGUCAAAGUGGGCGUGUACCUGGAUUACGAAGGAGGGCAGGUGUCGUUCUACGAUGUGAAGGCGCGGCUGCAUCUCUACACCUUCAACGACACCUUCAGCGAGAGCCUCUACCCCAUUUUCAGCCCCUGUCUGAGCCACGAGGGCAAGAACUCUGCACCACUGGCCAUUAGCAACAUCAAACACACAUAA